UGAACCAUAGAGAUGCAGGGAGCCAGAGCGUUUCCCUCCUCAGCUAUAGACACGGUGUGGGGCGUGCUCGGCUCAGACCAUAGCCGUUAGGCUGAGGAACCGCCCACAAGACCAUGAAUCCAGGGUACCAGAGAGAGGCCGGCGGAGAGGAGAGGAGAGGAGAGGAGAGGGGAGGGGAGCGGAGCGGAGCGGAGCGGAGCGCUCCCCCUGUGCCCUAGACAAGGGGGCACGGUUCAGUGCCUAGGCAGGAGUAGUAGAGUCAAAGGUACCUGGUUCAGGUGGUGUCCUCGGGUCUCCGUGGCAGGCACAGUGAGGCCAGGGGGAAGAUUUCCUGUUUGAGGUAUAAGCAAUGUCCAGCCUGAGUCUCCCCUCCCUAGGUUACUGGGGAUUAAUUCCUGGACACCUCAAUGAUGAUCUGUGAGCACCACACACCUUGGGGUUACCAGUUUUGAUUGGAUGUAUUCCUGGAAGUUUCAUAAGGUCAAUUUUUAAUUCUGGGACUUCUGGACAAUCCUGAAAAUUUGGCAACCCUAGGUGCGGGAGGUGGGUCUUUAACAGGCUUUCUUUAUCCAAACCAUUCACUGGUCAUUGGAGUUCAUGGGGCAAUAGCACAAACCAGGAGUUUAAAGCUUACUGACAAAAAAUCCUACCCUUUCCAAGUUGCUCAAUUUUGGUUUAUCAAAAUUUUGUGAUGUUGCCAUUUCAACUGUUCUCUAUCAUGCUGGGGAGUUUCAGGCUAAACAAGACUUGAUUUAUUAAUAUAAAAAGCAAAUAGGGUUAAAAAAAAGAAAAACCAUAACAAAACCCUCCCAUUUCAGGCUUUUUUUACUCCAUUAUGGAAAAAGUAAAAAAGGCAUAAGCUCAGUAUAAUUUGCUUUUGCAGGUUAUACUCAGAGACACAACUGUGUAAAUUCUGUCCUCACUACCUAUGCCCCAGAUUUCAUUCUGCUUAGUUUGUUUAGUGACUGUAAUUUUAAAAGGAGCUGUAUGGGUGUCACUCGACAGAAUUCAGGCCAGGCUUCAUCCUGCAAUUUUUACAGUAGUGACGAAAUAUCCAGUGCAAGGAAUAAUAAUAAUAAAAAACAAACCCUAAAGCAAUGGUCUAAAGAUAGCUUAACUCUGUGUUAGGCUUUGGAUAUUGGUAAAAGGUGUUACAGCAAGUUCAUGUAGGAGCAACAAAGUGAUCAAAGAGCUUGUUUAUUAAGUUCUUAUGUAGAAAACAAAAUCACUGGAAUUAGUUCUGUUAUAUAUUGUGAGGAAACAGCUAUUACUGGUAUUUAUUCAUAAAGCAACACAGAAAUUAGCUGUACACAAGGCACAGAAUGAAUACAGUACCUGCCUAGAAGAGCUCACAACCUGGAAGUCAAAAGGAAGAAGAUAAUGAUUGCAUUGAGAAACCCAGAGCAAGGGUUAAUUACUAACUUGAGAGAGUGGAGUCACACCAGGGUUAAGUUUGACCCUGUAACUUAUAAAUCAUAUGAUAGUGAAGAUUACUACAUAUACAGACACAGAAUUCAGAGCUAAAAUAGAGAUAACAGGUAUGACUUAUUACCAGAAAAGCAACAGUACCAUUCUCAGAACUAAGAAAAACACAUUUUUUUAGAAUCUACAGAGAGGAAAUGAUGCAAACACAAUUCAGCUUUAAUACCUGUAAGCAACACAUGAGCUUGUUUAGCCUGUGCUUGCUUCGCUGUUGAAGAGCAUUGUGUUGUAUAUGUACUUUGUGUUCUAAGCUGCUAAUUGUAAAACCUACAGAUACACAGAGCUAGAGGGGAUGAUCAAGAACCAAGCCAAAGCAAAACUGUGUAUAUCAUCUCAUUGAAAAAACUCUCAACCCAACUCUUAAUGUAGUAUAAUAUUAAAAUGAACACUAGCUCUUUAAGAGGUUGUCCAAACAUUAUGUCUCCAGUUACUAGUUAUCCUAACAGUGAGUGGUUAAGUGGGCUGUCAUUCUGAGUGACAUCACUGAAUAACAUCCAUUCCUAAUCCAGUGAUCCGCCUGGGAUCUGGGUGAGACUGUGAUAGGGUGCAAAAUAAGGUAGUUUCAGAAAGCUUCCCUCUAUUUGCACAAGUACUUGGCUGAAGCAAUGCAGUCCUUGGACUCAGAGAAAGGCUUAAUCAAAUUCAGCCAUUGUAAGAAGGACAUAUUUUGUUCCUAUGUGCCCAAGCUGUGCCCUGUUUGUGGGCAGAGUUUAAACUACAGGAGACUGGAAGAUGCACCUGUCAGCAUUCCUAGCCCAUUUGUCAACGGGCAUAGGCAGAAAUGUUCAUUUUUACUUAAACCUACUACAGGAACAUUUCUCAGAGAGUAUGAUGGAAGCUCUGAUCUCCAUGUCGGAAUAUCCAACACUAAUGGGUUGGUGUAUAAUUACAAUGAAACAGGCAUUCACAGAGUUGAACUUGGGUGGGAGCAAUGCAUUAGUAUCCCACUAGUGCAGCCAGACAUGUACGGACUGCUUCAACAAUGGGAUAAGUACCUAGAAGAAUUCUCUACUGGAGAGGCCUGGCUUUUUCACAGGUAUGACGAACACUACCACAAUUGUUAUACCUAUGCACUGGCAUUUAUUAACUGUGUUUUGACUGCACAAGGUAAGAAGCCAAUGAGUAAAAGUGAAUUCACAGGAAGAUUUGUGAUACCACAGACAAGGAAAGCUUCCAAAUAUAUCACUGUCUACUGGGAGAUAGCUGAAAAUUACUUCUACAUUGGUGACAGCCCUGAUCAAGAACAGAACAAUUCUGAAGAGGACAAAUUGUUACAUUAAAACACACAUGCAAUGCAGUGAAAACAAAUCCCUAAAUAGGAAAUCUUUGGGUCCAAGCUUCAGUUCUCCCUCCAUAUACCGGACGUUCCUUCCUGCAAUAUUUGAAAACUAACAGUAGAACUCUGAUGUGUCUGACACAGAUAUGUGUGUGUGCGUGUAUUAUAUAUAUAUAUAUAUAUAUAUAUAUAUAUAUAUUUACGAGACAUUAACAUGACACAAGAAGGAAAAGACUUGUAUGAGAGUUUUCUGGGAGUUUUUAAAUUUUGCAGCCUGCAGCUAGCUAACUUUCUUGAGCACUAUCACAUGGGAAAUUAUAUGUGUUCCUGUUUGCUAUAUCACACUAAAAGUCAUAUGAGUGCAGUCAUGUUUUGUAGUAGACAAUGUAAGUGUUGUUAAUUAAAAUAACAAAUGUAGAUUACCUUUUGACCAGGGUCAGAAAAACAAAGUUUGCGACAAAAAAACCAACGGUGACACUUGUUCACUAUUCUCCACUAAAACACUACUUGAAUUAAGAAAGCACUGCAAUUACUGGUCACAUGCACUAUCUUCCUCACUUGCAAUAUUCACUUUGUACCUACUUCAGGCAUUUGAAUACGUUUUAACUUUACCGGUAAGUGGCACUGUUCCUUCAGUUCCUUGCAAAACUAUAGUACUAUCAUAGUAAAUGCUACAUUGUACCUCCAUAUUUUUACCUGCAAAAAUAAAUAGCUUGAGUAAAAACUAUACUCCUCUCUCUCUCCCUAGAAAGGCUAUUGUCCAGUAAAGUAUCUGCAAGUAUUCUGUACUUUACCGGAAAAAUUUUAUACUAGCCAACAGAUUUUGCAGGGUGUUGUGUCCAUAACUAGCAGUGGACUCGUCAGAAUGUCCCCCAACAAGAAAUUAAAGGAUUUGAAAAGACUGAACAGCAGUUUUACAGAUAGAGCAUGAUUGCAGAAACAGACCUGUUAUGGGCCAACUUCUGCUAGUUUUCACUGUUCUAAACCCUGAAUAACUUCACUGGAGUUAAUCCAGAUAGACAUCAGUGUAACAGAGCAGAGUGCGGCCCUAUUUCUCCUAGUAGUUUUUGCAAAAGCUCAGCCAGAGUUAGUAAGAAUCCAAGUUCUGUUUUCUCCAGAGUUCUAAUAAAUGGUUCUUAAUUUUGUCCCACCUCUAAUUUAUACCUUUGCAUAAAUGUUAUAGUAAGUAUAAAAACCAAGAGCAUUCUUUAACAUCUUAUACUACACAUUUCCAUUUAUUUCUUAAUGCUGUAAAUGCCUUCUGCCAUUGUUUACUAUAUUUUAAAAUUGUAUUUACAUCAAGCACUCCAAAAAUGAAAAAUCAUAACACUACAAGAAGUUCUCAUCAGGAUGAAAUUCAUUCCUGUUCAGAGGGUAAGCACAAACCCACUGGACUACUUAAUCCCUAUUUUGAAAGUUCAAAUGGAACUUAAAUUGUGCAGGGGCCUUGAGAUGUGUUUCUGCUUAAGGGUGAAUUUCUGAUUGGCUCAGAACAAGGACCUUCUGUGCUUUUACCAAUCGGAAUACACUUUGUGAAUGAAAAUAAAUAUAUGGCAAGUUUUAGUCUCUCUGGUUAUGCACUUUGAAAAUAAAUAUUUUGGUGCAAUAGCA